GCCAAGUCCCCGGACCGCCAAACCUAGUCCCUCCCCCUCCCCCUCCCCCUCAUCCACACCAUUUGGGUGGGUAUCCCCCUGCCUUCCAGGGUAUGGGUGUACCGCCAGCGGCUGCGCCGCUUCAACAUCCUUCCGCAUCCCCCUCGGCACAACCUUCCCACCACACGCAUUUGGAGCAAGGACCGGAGGAACAAGCACCAGUAGCUGACGCUGAGGAGAGCGCUGUCAAGCGCGGAAAGCGCAAGGCGGUGGACUUGGAUGACGAUGAGGCUCCCCCACGAAAGAAGCAAACGAUCCACCCCCUUGUUGACUACCCCGAUUUCGAACUGGUACAAAACAACGGCGAGGUCCGUUACAAGUGCUGCCUGUCGCAGUGCGAAAAUGUGCCUGCAGUGCCACGCGCUGGCAUAGAAGAUCAUAUCAAGUGGAAGAGGCACCCGCAGGUCAGGUCUCGGUCCCCAUCCCUAGAGUAUGUCGAGGCUGUAAAUGACGGGGACUUUUCGAGAACAGGCGACUCUUGUUCCAACGACCAGCAAGAGACUUACGGGAUAUCUCAAGGAACUUGCAAAGGUUUGACUUCGAACCAGCCGUUUAAAUUUUUUUCUAACAGUUUCGAAGACACUACCGAUUUGACUUCGAGCGAGUCGUUGGAAAAGUCCGACAACGGUCUUGACGAGACUACGGAUUCGGGUUGGGACGAGGGGUUCAACGACUUUUUCGACAUUGAAGCAGCUUGUGAACCAGUUUCUGGCGAGCAGAUCGAAGAGUCUGUCAACAAUCCUGAAGAAGCCAUCGAUUUGGCUUCGGGCUCGCUUGACGAUGAUCUUUAUGGAAUUGUCGAUUCAGCUUCGGACGAGCAGUUGGACGAGUUUACCGACAGCCUGGAGAAGAGUCUUGAAGAAACUGUCGAUUCGGCUUCGGACGAGCAGUUGGAAGAGUCUACCGACAGCCCGGAAAAGAGUGGUGUUCACCCAAUGGACAAUAUGACAUCGGAAGAGUUGCUUGAAUAUUGUAUCAACCAUCUUGAUGAAACUUACAACUUCACCUAGGCUCUGGGUGAGUCAUUGUAUGAUAUGUUACAUUAUUUGUUUUUUUUCUAGGUAUUUUGAAUCGUUGCAGCUUCACCCUUACUAUAUAUUAUGAUUAUGACAUACAACCUAUGAUGCAUGCUAACUACAA